UAUCAUGGCAAUAAAUGUGUAGACGGCAUCAGCCUUGCCAGUCACAUUUUUUCUGCUAUGUGGUUUAAUACAGAGUAAGAAUGGUACUGUACUACUGUUGCGAUAGGACAUGUCAAUUCAUACACACUCUUUCUCUGUCCCUCUCUCUGCUACUUUUAAAGAAUCAUGUAUUAAUGCUAACAAAUUCCUGGCCUUUUGUUGAUCACCGAGGAAAAUCAAGUCUAGAGAAAUUGAGAGGGGGUGGGAAUGGGUAGAAAAUCUUGCUGUGACAAGAAAGGGCUGAAGAAAGGACCCUGGACUCCCGAGGAAGAUGAAAAGCUCAUUGAGUUCAUCAAGAAGAACGGUCAAGGAAGCUGGCGUUCUUUUCCCAAGCUUGCAGGGCUUCUUCGCUGUGGGAAGAGUUGUCGCCUGCGGUGGACAAACUACCUAAGGCCAGAUAUCAAAAGAGGCCCUUUUACCCCGGAGGAAGAGAAGCUUGUCAUUCAAUUACACGGCAUUCUUGGAAACAGAUGGGCUGCCAUUGCCUCCCAGUUACCUGGAAGAACAGACAAUGAAAUCAAGAACUUAUGGAAUACACAUCUGAAGAAGCGCCUGCUUUCAAUGGGCAUUGACCCUCAGACUCACGAACCCUCAACGGAAUUUAAUGGGCUGCCGAGGCUACAUACGACCCCCUCC